UAUUUAGUCAGUGAUGGUGAAUAAUAUGGCAGCCAUGUAGAAGGCCGGGUUUAUGUAGGAACUGCCAAAAGAAGUACAAAUAUCUUCUAUGAAAUACCACAAAUAAAUGGUCGUGUUUACUUUUUUGUUAACAAUUGACUUCCUAUCUUCAUACUGAGGGCUGUAAUUUAUUUCAUUUAUUCAAAUGACGGACAUGGCCCAGGGUCGCCCAAUUAAAUGUGUUGUUGUUGGUGAUGGCACAGUGGGUAAAACAUGUAUGUUGAUAUCAUAUACAACUGACAGUUUUCCUGGAGAAUAUGUUCCCACUGUAUUUGAUAAUUAUACAGCCAACAUGAUGGUGGAUGGUGUUCCAGUCAGUCUAGGUUUGUGGGACACAGCAGGACAAGAAGAUUAUGAUAGACUUAGGCCCCUUAGCUAUCCACAGACUGAUGUAUUCCUCAUAUGUUUUAGUGUUGUGAGUCCGUCAUCCUAUGAAAAUGUAUUAACUAAAUGGAAUCCUGAAAUUAAACACCAUUGUCCAGAAGCUCCUGUUAUAGUUGUAGGAACCAAAAUUGACCUGAGGGAAAAUAAAGAAACUAUAGGAAGCUUGACAGCUCAAGGACUGAAUCCUGUGAAGAGAGAACAGGGGAUUAAGCUGGCUAACAAAAUUAGAGGUGUCAAGUACAUGGAGUGCUCUGCUCUUACUCAAAGGGGACUAAAACAGGUAUUUGAUGAAGCUGUGCGUGCUGUACUACAGCCUCAACCAAUCAGAAGAAAACAACACAAGUGUGUCAUGCUGUGAUGAGCUGGUCCCCCGUGUAACUAAAGUCUGCAUGUUUUAUAUACGUGUAUGCUUGAGUGAGUGUGUGUUGGAGAAGAAUAACAAGAGAAUAUGACAUGUGUGUGAAGCAGUGUGUGAGCUAGUUUUAAGUUUAUUACUAUUUGACUGCAUCCCCCCCCCCCAACACCUAGGUACACCUUAUUAUCAAAUUGCAUAUUAGUGAAUAUAAUUACUCUGCAUAAAGGCUUAUAAUAACAUGUUUAUUCAUUGUGUAUCUCGUUUUAUUUUUAUUCAUGAUCAGGAAAUCCUGUUAUUGCGCUUGUAUACAUUUUAUUUAUUACAUUUUAACGAAAUGGUUUCUGUAGUGCCCAAGUGUAUAGCAACAAAAUUUUUUGUCCAGAAAUUCUUGAUAAUCAGAGAGAAAAAAAGAAAGAAAACUUGAUAUUCCAAUGCCCUAAAAAAGAAAGCGCUUUGAAAGGCGUUUAAAUUGUAAGAUGUAUAAAAUUAAUUAUCUUCUGAAAACUAGAAUGAUGUAAAAGCUCAAAAGCAGAAACACAUAUUUAAAUAUUGGAAAUAUCAACCCAAAAUCAAAAACAAUCCUCUUAGUAGCUUAUUUACAUUUUUUUAUGAUCGCCAUCUUGAUUCGUAAUAAUUGAACAGAUAACAUUUUUUUUAUAGUUUUCAUUAAAUUUAUAAGUAUUGGCACUUGAGUUUGUGGGGGGAAGAUUUUUUUAAACCAAACAUAUCUGUCAACUUCCAGUUAUAAUCUGGUGACAUUAUCCACACUAGCCCUACUACAUUGUGGUUAUAAUUUGGAAAGUGUGAUUUUUUAUCCUGAAAUUUUUACUUUGUCCAAAAUUAUUCAAAGAUCUUGAGCUUGAUCUGCAUAAUUUUUUUUAUUUGUAUCAUUUUGGAGAGGAAACAAACAUAUAUUUUUGUUUUUGUGUUAACUUUAUAACAAUGGGCCUUUGUAUGCUACAGGCUUUAACUGUCAUUUUAUUGUGUUAAAAAGUCUAUAUUCUUCCUCAUUAUCCCAUAAUUAGUAGUGACAUUUUAAUUAUUUUGUUUUUUGUUUAACCCAUUAUUAUUGACUUCAUUGAUCAACUCUAUCAUGUUUUAGUGCAUUAUCAAAUUUGAGUGUUUCAUGCCUAACCUUACUUGUCAUUCAAUUCUUAUCAGAUCAAAAGAAAACAAAAAUGGGGAGGGGUAUUUCUAAGUAUCAGAAUAGUUCAUACUACAAAGUUCUCUAGCAUUUUUUUAGUUUUGUUUUUGCUAUUUUUGCUAUAUUCAAGGGCAAAAGACAAAAUGCAUAGAGAUGUAUUUUUUCUGUAUAAAAGCAAAAAAAUUGCCUUAACACAGAAUGCUUGUUGAAUUAUUCUUUCUGAUUAUACUCCCUGUUUCUCCCUCCUCCACUUUGAUUUUCUAGACCAGCAUUUAGCACCAUGUACUCUCAAGCCUUUCAUCCUAGUGCAUUGGAAAUCUAGAUCUGUUCAUAAAAUAUCCAUAGUCAUCAGUUGGUUCAUUGCUGCUAGAAGUAACACUAUUCUACUGUGUUAGGUUCACUGUGAGCUGCCAAUCAUUUCAGUAUUUAAUCAGAAAUCUAGCUGAACACUUAUCUAAUCACACUGUGUUGAGGUCUUUAAGCUAAACUGAUCCAAUACCUUGGCAUGUGACUAGGAAGUUUGUAUUAUUUGUACUCUUUGUGUCCAUGUACAUUUGCAGUGUUUGACUUGUGCAGUGCCAUUUAGCCAGCCCUCCAUAAUGAAUGCUUUGUAUUUUUUGUUUAAUUAAACUUAGCAUUUGUUUAUUUCAAGCUGUAAAUCUUACUGAACUCUGUACAAUGUGGUACUAUAGAGAAAGUUGAUAGAAGUAAUACUUGUGCACAAACGUGGCUGUACAUUGGCAUACUACAGAAAGCAUAGCCACUUAUUUAAUUCCCUUAUAAAUUCUUGAACUUUGUCCUCAUAAUUUGGUCUGCCUUUCAAACAAACCUGUAUUCCAAGAACACUGACAUGCUGUCGAGGUUAUGUUAUAAAUUUCACUUUUACUUUUGAAAAGUUUAAUUGUGGCAAUCCCAUGUUCUAAAAUUGACAGAUACUUUACAAUGUUUAUAGUUGAUAGUGAAUAACAGGUGAAUGUAUUUUGUUCAAAUUUAGUUAACCCUUGAUCUUUUAGUAAAUAUUGAACAAAAAAAAAAAGAAAUUAUAUGCAAUAUCCUUGGGUAGCUCAGAAGACUUGAAGAUCAUUUUGGGUGCUAAUUGACUUGACAUAAUUGAGUUAAAAUAGUUUUUGAUGAGGAUGUCACAUUGAUGCCCUGGAGUAAUUAAUGGGUUACUGACAUGCUUCCCUAUUUGAAAUAAAUUAAAACCUUUCCUUCGUUUAUUUUUUUUUAAUUAAUUAAAAACAUCGUCCCUUGUAUGACAUACUUAAAAUGCUCAAUAUUUUCUAUUGGUGAACAACUUAUUCGCAAGUUCUAUUUUUUUUUUCCUCUUGUAAUUAUGUACAGUUGUUUCUGGUGGUUUUUUUUUUUUUUUUGUUGUUUUUUUUUUGUUUGUAUGUGAAUCUUUUUCUGAAACUGAAAUAAUCACAUUGAAGAAAGAUAAACCCAAUUCUGUGUAAUUCAAUUAAUUAAUUUUUUUUAAAAUUAGUUUUGAAGUGGAAAAAAAAUAAUUUUCUUGAUCUUUAAUGCUAGAUUGUCAGGAAUGAAUAAUUGAAAUUACUCUCUAUUUUUUUAUCUGUAGUUAUAAUAUUAAUAAGAUGAUGUAGAUGUUCUUGGACUAAAAAUGUGGUUACGCAAUGAAUCAUUUGUACUACCUUUAUCAGAGAUCAUAUGUCAGCUGUAUUUGUGCAAUAUUUCAGUGCAAUUGCCUGUUGUUUUUAAUGUUUAUGUCUGCUGUCCCAUCUAUUUUGACAUUUUAUUGGGGGAGUUGUUUUUUUUCUUUUUGUGUUAUACAAUAAGUUCUUUUAUGUCUCAGUACUUGAACAGUAUUUUAGAAAGUUAGAAAAAUAUUGCUAGUGUAUGGCUAGAAGAGACAUCAAGCCUUUUAGUGAACAGAAGGAAACAAUUACUUUGGACUUAAUGAUGAAUGUUAGAGGUUCUAGUGAGCAUUGCAUAUGUCCUGAGAAUUGAAAGUUUUCUUUAUUUGUAGAUUUUUAUCUUUUCUUUUUAGCCAGUCAGUCAAUGUUUAUUUUUAACCUGAAAAAUGUUAAUAUUGGAUUGAGAAUCUUUUACCUCUUGUUUGAAAAAAAAAACAAAUCUUCAUAUAGCCAACUUAUUUUUGAAGCAGGUCAGUAAGAAGUUUACAAUUGUUAUGUUGUAUCUAGUCUUUUUUUUUUUUUUUUUUUUUUUUUUUUUUACAUUUCUGAAUUUGUAUUGUUAGACCUAUUUUUCAGCAAUCACAGUUUUUGUAUAUGCCAGUUUUUGUCUAUGUGAAUGACACAUAUUUAUUCUGAAUUGCCCUUAAUUUGGUUACAUCUAUCUGGUUUGUAGUAGCAUCGGUUGUAAUAUUGUUUUACCUGGUCCUAAUGCUGUUAGACAAAGAGUCUAGUUGUUUUUUAAAGAUAUGUAAUGCAUUUAAAUAGAAAAAAAAAGUGUAACCAGUCAUUCUUGUUUUAGUACCAGUUAGAGACUUGAAUGUAUUGAAGGGAAAUUGGAUUAUACUAGUUAACCAGUUGUAGGAUGUGAGAAUAAAAGUAAUAUCAAAUUGCACCAUCAAAUAAUAAAAAAAAACAAAGCCAAGAGUAAACAUAUUUUAUAGAGGCAUUGGCAGUAAAACUUUAAAAAAAAAUUGGUCUUACUUGUAAGUUUGCUGAAGUAAUUAGUCCUGUACUUGUAGACUUUUGGCAUUUGUACAAAACUGGUGUUUCAUUCAUUUUAGGUCAUUUAUAGAGCAUUUAUAUUUAGUCAGGCAGAAAAGUAUAUAUUUUUUUUGCACUUUAAAUAGCUAUAUUCAAUAUAAUUUGUGUAUGAAGGGUGAGGAAAGUAAAAAUUAGCUUUUUUUUUUUAUUAGUAAGUUAUUAAAAUUUUAUUUCCUAAUUCUUCUACUGUCCUUCAGAAAAUUAGAACUGUAUGCUAGUAAAACUUCAUUCAUUUUAAGGCUCUGCUUAUGUCAUCAGUUCAUUGUCCAUGGGAUUAAGCAGAAUGCCUGUACAUUAAAAUAAAAAGUGCAUUUUAGUUCUCUUUGUGCUUGAACUGAAUCAUACAUUGUGAAAUUCAAUUGGCCCUAAUAGACCUUUUAUACGCAUGAGCAUUAUCUCUCAGUUAAGCUACAAAUUGAAUAUUCUGAGAUCCACAUGGACUUCACCUGGUUAGCUGUGGCCAUUUUUUUUUCCUUUGUCAGUCUUAUCAUCCAAAUAAUAAUGCUGUAAUGAUUAGUCUGACAAAUUAGUAGCAAUGAUGUUCUCAGGGUAAAAAAAAAAAAGAACGCUUUUUUUUUUACUUUCUAAAUUAUGUCUAGCUAUUUAAUGAUUUUCUAGUCCUAUCUAAAAUUUUGACCAGUACAUGCUAACAUCAGCAGUGCUGAUAUCAUUUAAUUCUAUCUGUAUUGAAUGCAUGUUUUAAAUUUCAUCCUAAAUGCAAGUAUUUGCUUUCUUAAAGUUCAACGUUUUUAUUAUUUUUAACCUCUACUGAAGGUUGUGAUUUUUUUUUUAUUUGAAGACAUCUGAACUUUGUACUCUUAUUUUUUUAAAAAUACUGAAAGGAUAUUUCCUAGGCUAAAACUGAUUUAUGGAAAUAUCAACCUAGUUCAUCUUAAUUUAUAUAAGCAUGUCUUAUUUCUUUUAUACAGAUUAUUAAUUUUUAAUUCAUGUGUUCCUAUGGUAGACUGUUAGACUAAUUGCAUUUUUUUUUUUAAAAAAGCAAUGUUUUUUUUAUAUAGAUUACAAUUUUCACCUUUGAACCAAUUGUUCUAAUGAUUGAAUCAUGUUGGGAAAGGAAGAAUUAUUUAUAGAAAUAUAUUGACGCUAAUUUUUUUUACAAGGAAAAAACAAGAGAAAGAGAAAACAAAAAACUUUUACUUUAUUUUCAAAUCUGUUGAUGUUUGUUAAAUACUAUGUAUCUAUCUUCUUAUUGGCUGAUAUUUUGUGUACAAUUUGUGUUGCUUGUAAGAUGACUAGAAUUCCCAUAUCAAAAUAUUACAAUCUGCAUCAAAAUUAUGAAAGAAUGACUACAUUUAAUUUUUUAUAUACAUGUAUUGCAUUCAAGUACUUACUGGUAACUGUAUUUGUGAAUAUAAAAUAUUUUUGUCAGGAUAACGUUGACUAGAAAAUAGUAUCAACAAACAUAAACAAUAUUUAUUUCCAUAGUUAACAGGGAUAGUUCUCUAGUUCUUGAUAGCAAUAAUACUGUCUCGACAGGUCUCUUUUUACCUGUGUAUUUGCACAAAAGUAAAAAAAAAAUGUCUUUUUGUUUGUAACCAACUUGACUGCUCUGUUGAUGAUAAAUGUUACAAGUGUCAAAUUGCAGCUUUUAAUGUCAGCUUUUAGAAAUGUUUUUGCCUGUUCUCCCCCGGCCCAGUUAUGUUUCUCUGCAUUUAUUUGUUUGAAUCAUUCUGGUGUACAGCCAAUACACAUGUACGUGUUGUGUGCAACAUAAGCCUGCAUACAUUUAUAUAACUUUUUUUUUUUUUGGUUUCAUUGUACACAGCAAAUUUGAUGUCUUUUGUCUGUUACCAUUUAUGACUGUCAACAAAGUAGUCCUGUACAUGUACUUAUCAUUCUAUCAAACAUUAAACUUUUGCCAUUAAGUU